AGUCUCCGUCGCUCUCUCCCGGGUUCUGUGUGUCGUUUGUCGCCCGCGACGACGAUCGCGUUACAAAAGUGUCCCUCUCGUCACAUGGUGACCGGCAUUCGGCAUGGACUGAUCGGUUGUUUUUUGUCGUUAUCGUUCCUUCGACUGGUCUUUCGAGCGAUUUAGUGAUUUUUUUCUGCGAGUGCGAGUGUUUUCGAAGACGAGCUUAAAUAUACAUACAAGUGCAAACGAUAAGGAUCGGAAUCAUGAGAGCCCUGAGGGAGGAAAAAAUUGCCGAUCUCGAGAGCAUCAUCCUGUCGAUGAUCGACCAUUACGACGAGCCGCACGAGGACGCAGAGGACAGAGGCAGCGAGCUGCUCAGCGACUCGCUGAUGAGAUGCAUCGAUUUCGGGGACGAGAGCAACGGUACCGGUGCUGGUGGUAGUGAGCUCGAUGAUCUGCUGCUGAUGGGUAUCAAUUCGGAUGGGCAGACGAACGAUAGCUGCGAGGACGAGGUUGUUUCGACGACGACGACGACAUCGAACCACGAAAGUCUGACCGAGGAAAUUCAAGUGACAUGCAAUAAUCACCGCAACUGCAUCGAGCCGACGGAUUUCUUGCCUAUUUUGCCAAAGAUUACGACGACGACGACGACGACGAGGCAAGGUCUCGCCGAUUUCAAGACUGAAAAAAGCACAACGUCCGGCAGUGGCAGUAGCAGAGUCCAACGACCGCGACGUUUCCUGGUCAUCGAGAUGGGCUCGGGCCGUCGACUCUACUCGUGCAGCGAGUGUCCCCUCGGCUUCCUGGAGGCCGGCGAUCUCGAGGCGCACCUCGUCGCGUGCCAUCCGGAGCUCGAGCGUCGCCACGUCUGUCGGGAGUGCGGCAAGGCGUUCGCGGCGCCUCGCCACCUCUGGAAGCAUCGCCGCGAGGUGCACCGUUUGGCGGCCCAAGUGGACCUGCAUCAUCGCUGCGAGCAGUGCCAGCGAGGCUUCAAGCUCGCCGACAAGCUGCGACGACAUCGGGCCACGGUGCACGGCUUGAUCACGACUGGAAGAGGAGGAGGAGGGGCAGCAGCCGAGUACAGCAACAAGUACCAGUGCGACGAGUGCGGCAAGUGCUUCAAUCGGCCGGACAAUCUGACGCAGCACAGGGCCUACAGGCACGCGGGCAAGUUUCGCACCUUCGAGUGCCGGCGCUGCGGCAAGAAGUUCGGCAAGAUGGGAAGUCUGAAGAGGCACGGCGCCGACUGCUCCAGGGACGAGAAGCUCUAUCUCUAUAACGCUGGGUUGCGAGUGACCCAGCAGCAGCAACAGCAGCUCGCCGAGGCAACUGUCGCCGGUUUGAUCUCUAAACCGAUUUAG